CCCCAUGCUAUAGCAACCAGUCACAAGCUACACAUUCAAACUAUUCAGGAGAAAAAGAAAGAGAUACCCCUAAUUCUCUUCCUGACCAUAGCUAUUUCAAAUCUGCAUCACUUCCCAUUUUUUACUCAGAUUUCAGAUUUCUUCUUCGAAAGCUUAUCUCCUAUGAGGCCCUAUCUAGCAGUAUCACUUUUGCUUUUGUCCCUUCUUCUUUCUGAGGUUCAAGGGAUCCGCUUGGAUAAAAGUUUCAUGUCAUCAGUUGCGCAACAUAAAGUAGAUGAAGAAAAAAGUGCUUUGACAAAAAUACAUGACAGUGCUGUUCAAGAGGUCAUUCUGUGCAAAGAUGGGCACUGUACAGGAAAGAAUAGAAAACUUAUUACCACAACAACCACUUCUACUACUAGCACCACCACCACAUCAAAGAAUGAGAAGAAUGGAGAGAAUAAAGCUGACACCAAUUCAAAAGGAAAAUCGGGUAGUGGGGAACUUGGUGAGCAAGAGACUUUCAUGGUUAAAGGAAGGCCUACUUCAGAGGUUUCCCAAUCCCAUGACCACCACGAGCAGUUUCCGGACAUCAUUGACCUAGCUGAGAUGGACUAUUCUCCAGCAAAGAGAAAACCUCCAAUACACAACUGAGUGUUAGGAAUAUUAAAAAAAAAAAAACUAAAAAUAGAAUGUAGUACUGUUUAGGAUAAUAAAAGUGGGGAAUACAAUGUUAUUGGACAAUGGUGACUGGACAGCAUUACAGAAAUGCUGCAGUUUUUUUAGGGUUAGGAUCGAUUUUGUACAUGAGAUAGAAUAUUCUAUUAUUAUUGUUAAUCUUAAACUACUAUCAUUUUGAUGAUUGAAUCAUAAGCACUUUUGGAGGGGCAUUUGUUACAAUCAAAAGUGGAAAGAAAUUAAUAAAUAAUUUCAGUUAUAUGCGUA